CAACGGUAGCGAAAACUCCUUUCUGACAUCGAACUCUCCGCCCCCCACCCCACCCAUCUUCCAUGGCUGCUGCUGCUGCUGCUGCGACGGCGGCCGUGGCGGCCACCCGCCUCCACCCGCCUCUCCUCCUCCACUCCGCGCCACGGCCCUAUCCCCAGCCCCAACUCCGCCUCCGCCUCCUCCUCCCCUCCCCGCCGCCCCUCCGCCUCCGCCGCCGCUUCCCGCUCCUCGCCGUCGCCGCCGCCGCUGCCGCCUCCGCCGGCGGAGGAAGCGCGGAGGAGGCCGCCGAGAAUACCGACAAGGCCCGGAAGCUACAGCGGAGAGUGCUUGUGGGCGUCGCCAUCGGGGUGGGCGCGGGCGGUGUCGUGAUCGCCGGCGGCUGGGUGUUCGCCGCCGCCAUGGCCGCCGUCGGCCUCGCCGGCGCCCGCGAGUACUUCGGGCUCGUCCGCGGCACCGCCGUAGGCGGCGGCACCCCGCCGCCGCGCUACGUCUCCCGCGUCUGCACCGCCAUCUGCGCUCUCAUGCCCAUCCUCACACUGUACUAUGGCCGCAUGGAUGUUCCCCUGACGUUUUCGGCAUUUAUUAUUGCAAUAUCUUUGCUCUUGCAAAGAGGAAACCCCCGUUUUGCGCAGCUAACUAGUUCAGUUUUUGGUUUAUUUUAUUGCGGCUAUCUUCCUUCUUUCUGGGUUAAGCUCCGUUGCGGACUAGCAGCUCCUGCCUUAAACACAAGUAUAGCACAUAAUUGGCCAAUACUUCUCGGUGGGCAAGCUCACUGGACAGUUGGACUUGUAGCAACCUUGAUAUCUAUUAGUAGCAUUAUUGCCGCUGAUACAUCAGCCUUCCUUUGUGGAAGGGCAUUUGGCCGUACUCCUUUGACUAACAUAAGCCCUAAGAAGACAUUGGAGGGUGCUUUAGCCGGUCUAACUGGCUGUGUGCUUACCACUUUGCUUCUGUCGACUCUCUUUCGCUGGCCAAGAUCUCUGUUAAGUGCUACUGCUUAUGGAAUCCUGAUCUUUCUGGGUUCGUUGUUCGGGGAUCUUAUUGAGUCUCUGAUUAAGCGCGACGCUGGUGUGAAGGAUUCUGGAUCACUCAUUCCUGGCCAUGGUGGGAUUCUUGACCGGGUCGACAGCUAUGUCUUCACGGGGGCGCUCUGUUACUCAUUUGUCAGAGUGGCUCUGCCCCUGUACGGAGUCUGAUUACUGCAGCGAGCAAAUUGGUUGCCUUGUACCUUCAGCAGCAUGGUCUGAGAUGCCCAGGACCAACCCCUUCACUGCCCGCUCAAUGGAAUUUUGUGUCUGGCUAAGUGAGAUCAAGUCUGUUCCUUCGUGAGCACCAAUGGGGCACGACUGCUAAGCAAGUGUUUCUUCGUAUGGAUCAAGUCUGUUCCUUCUUGAGCGCACCAGAAUGGUGAAAACUUAUCACUUUGGUGUACAUAGUUUUUUUUACUUUUUGUAGAGUAAAAGGAAGAUUAAUUACUGAGUUACAUAUCUUGUGAAGUGUAUUAAUGUGGUUGAUGGGAAAUGGAUCCUGGGAACCAAAAUAUACAGUGUUGAUUCCCAAACUUUUUU